AUGGUGAGGACCAGAGGAGCACACUCAAAGAAAACUCCAACCAAUCUCUCGAAUCCUCUGUCUGAAACACCUGACAGCACAGCCUUGCCUUUUGCCUCUGCUCUUCCUAAGUCCGUCUCGACGCCUAGUUCAUCUGCGGGGACAAAACCCAAAAUGAAGCCGCAUAAGCAGACAACUCCGGUUCUCACGGCGACCCCUCUGGUGUUCCCCGAUGUUGAUGAUGCUGUCCCUGUGUCGUCACCACCACCUAAAGGGGUGGUGACCAAAAAGGAAUCUGUUAUUCCUUCUUCUCAGAGCGCUCCAACCAAAAAGACUAGGGCAUCCGAAAAAGGGUCUGUCGAACCCUCUCCACCAAAGAAGUCGUCUCUCCCAUCAAAGACAAAUGCCAAAGGUUUUUUGAAGAGGAAAACGCCCUCCGAUUCGACUGUCUCUCCUUUAUCCUCGAUCAAGAAACGUCUCAAGGACAACCCACCAUCACCGUCCACUUCUGAGGCAGAUGAAGAAGAGGAAACAGUGGCUGAAGAAUCCACAGAAGAUAUCCCAGUGAAAGUGGCCUCUGACAAAGAGCUGUCUCAGGAACCUGAAGAAUCAGCCACCGACUCUGAGCCAAGGGAAGAGGAAGAUGUUGCGUCGUCUGAUCCAGAUGUGGCCACAGUCUCAAGCCCUGUCGCCGCUGUUCCCAGUUCUGUGGUAACAAAACCCUCAUCCAAGGGAAAAGGAAAGAAACCCAUCUCUCGGUCUGGUACUCCUCUUACUAAGUCAGUGGUAAAAUUUCAACCUCACUCUUAUUCCUUCUGUUAUAAUGAUAAUGAACGAGAUAUGAUGUUGUAUGCCCAUCGUAAGUUCCUUCCGGAGAGGAAUUUUGUUCUUAGCGAUCAUAGGUCAUUCGGAGUUCUCAUCUUGCUUCAAACCCGUGAGUGGGUUGGGUCCCUGGUGAAGCUUUCUGGCUAUGUAGAGCGUGUUGUGAAGGAGUUUUAUGCCAAUCUUACCCAUGAUGUGCUUGAUCCAAAGUCCCCUCACUUCGAAAAGGUUUAUGUCCGCGGACAAUGGUACUCCUUCUCUCCUAACGAUAUUGCAAUCGCACUCCAAAUUCCGAUUGCAACUGUUGAAGACCCAGCUGCUGACACACUUGAUCGCGAUGAAGUGUUGUCCGAGCUCGUGGGACAACGAAUGCAGUGGUCCCCCAACACUGUUCUGCUGGUCUCCAACCUGACAAAUAUGUAUGCUGUGCUCCACAAGUUUGCCACUUCCAACUGGAAGCCUACAUCUCACACUAACACCAUUUCUUUUGACCUGGCCGCAUUCCUCUAUAAAGUUGGCACAGGCAUAGAAGUUGAUCUGGCGAAACACAUUUUUGAUCAAAUUGUUGGUUUCCGCAGGGGUAAUCGUAAGUCUCUUAAUUUGCCCUUUCCCCAUCUCAUUUAUAAAAUUCUUAGCAUGCAGAAUAAUGACAUCAAACUGGAGACCGAAGACUUGGUCCUAGCCUCUACUGCCGUUUCAUUCCGAUCAGGUGGCCCUUCCAAUGAGACUGGCGAAGCACCAAGCGCCAAGAAAGUGAAGCCUCAGUCCCUCAAUUUCGUAUCUGAGGACCUGCCCCCUGAUUCUGUCCCAACAGUUUCGCCUGCUGUGGCUACAGAAUUGGCGUUCCUUCGUUCUAGUAUGGAUGAUCUUCACACAAAGUUUGCUCUCAUCCAGCAGUCCAUUCAAGACCUUCUGAUGCUUGCCACCCGUGCUUCAAAUUCUUGA